AUGGGUGGAUUGACUGAGCUAUGUGGCAAACUCAACUUCCAGGGCAGGAAUUUCGCCUGGAAGACCCUACCCGCCCUACUAGCAAAACGCGGCUAUGUCAUCCACAACUAUCCUGAGUACACCCUCAUGCCAGGCGAGAAACGCACCAUGCUCGACAACUCGCUGACCGUUCAACACAUCACCACAGAUGAAGCUCGUCGAAGGCUUUUGCGCUCACAUGACCCAGUCAUCAUUGGUGAGGCUCCUGGGUCUGAGUUGCAGUACUCACAUGGCCGUUGCCAGUUCUUCAAUUCUCGCAUUGAUCAGAAAGGUCUUCAUCGUCUCAUUUCUCCUGCGCCUUCUCCUGUGCCUUCUCCUGCGCCUUCUCCUGUGCCUUCUGCGCCUUCUCAUCAUCACUAUCAGAGACUUCGGAGAUGCUGA